UCUCAUUUUCUUUUUCCUUUUCUUCUGCUCGAUUCCCCCCCCUUGUCGCUCUAAAACAAAUGGUCUCGGUAGGACGGCUAUUUGAAAGGCCGAUAGCGUGUCUACCAUGGACCUAGUAUCUACCGACUCAUCCGAACCAUGCGCCAAAGAGAUCCAAGUCAGAACCGAGCUGAACUUGGAGAAGUGGAACCAUGCAGGACCCCGGGGGGGGGGCGGCACCGGCAGCGGGCGGUGUCAAGCGGGAUUUGAGGUGGAAAAACAGAGUUGCGGCUCCUCCAUAUCCGUACAACCAGAAAACAAGCACCGGGCAUGGGCCAGUUUCAUCUUGACCCAUGACAUCGCUCACUCCACCUGUGCAGGCCGAGCAGACUGCAACACAGCCUUGCCUCGCUAGUUACGGAGUUCUAGGGUGAUUAAGGAUCAAUUAGUAUUGCUGUGUUCUCCAUACUCCGUAGACUGGAGGCCAACUAGUACAUCACUGCCCGCGGAACGGAUCCUGCCGGCACGUUGCUGC